UUUUAGACGUAGAUUCUGCUGUACAUAGCGAAAGAUAAUCCGCGUAACUUGAAUAUUAAUGCUGACCAAACAAAUAAAAACAAGGGUACAGAAGAAUCAAACUCAUAAAAUCAAUUACAAAACACCGGCUUCAAUUAGUCACCUUCGUUAUCUCUCCUGGUCCUCCCCCUCGCAGCUCUGCAGGUGCCCCGGGCAAACACAGACUUAUCUGGAGUGCUGGAGUGCCGCCGCAAGAGCAUAUAAAUUCCCUGGGUGCCCAAAGGCCAGGAUUCAGUCGGCGUCACUUGGUCGCGAUGUACGGAACGUGGGGCGUCUUGUUGGGCGGGAUCCUCCUGCUACAAGUUCUACAACCAACUCUGGGCCUCGAUAAUGGUCUGGCACUCAAGCCGCCCAUGGGUUGGAUGUCCUGGGAGCGUUUCCGUUGCAUAACCGACUGUCAACUCUAUCCCGACGAGUGCAUCAGUGAGAACCUCUUCCGAAGACAUGCGGAUCUUCUGGUUUCCGAGGGCUACGCGGACGCUGGCUACGAGUACAUCAUAAUAGAUGAUUGCUGGCUGGAAAAGAAUCGCGACAACGUUACCCAGAAACUGGUGCCAGACAAGAAACGCUUUCCCAACGGACUAAACGCGUUAUCCGAUCAUAUACACAACAAGGGCUUGAAGUUUGGUUUGUACCAGGACUACGGCACCAAUACCUGCGCGGGCUAUCCCGGCGUGAUAAAACACAUGAAGCUGGAUGCCCAGACCUUCGCGGACUGGGAUGUGGACUAUGUGAAGCUGGAUGGAUGCUAUGCCAAUAUCAGCGACAUGGCCACCGGGUAUCCGGAGUUCGGACGCCUUCUAAAUGAAACGGGUCGUCCUAUGGUGUACUCCUGCAGUUGGCCAGCUUAUCAAGAGGAUGCCGGCGAAAUGCCCGACUAUGAGUCCCUCAAGAAGCACUGCAAUCUGUGGCGCAACUGGGACGAUAUCGAUGAUUCCCUGGAGUCAGUCAUGCAGAUCAUGGACUACUUUGCCAAGAACCAAGACAGGAUUCAGCCGCAUGGCGGGCCAGGCCACUGGAACGAUCCCGACAUGCUGCUGCUGGGCAACUAUGGUCUGAGCUACGAUCAAAGCAAGCUGCAGAUGGCUAUUUGGGCGAUUAUGGCGGCGCCUCUCAUCAUGUCCAAUGAUCUGGCGGCAGUACGUCCUGAGAUCAAGGAAAUUCUGCAGAAUCGAGAGGUUAUUGCUGUCAACCAGGACGAGCUGGGCAUCCAGGGGCUUCGGGUUUUGACUCGCAGCCAAAUCGAAGUCUGGAGACGACCCAUUACGCCGGUGACCAAGAGUGGGCAUCACUCCUAUGCCGUGGCUUUCGUCAGUCGCCGGGAUGACGGAGCUCCCUACAGGAUCCCAUUCACAGCCAAGGACCUCAAGCUGCUCAAUCCCAAGGGAUACCGCGUGCAGGAUCUGUUCGAUGCCAGCAGUAAGCUGGGGGUCUUCAAGUCGGACAGCCAGUUCUUCACUCGCGUCAAUCCCAAUGGCGUAACUUUCUACAAGUUUACUGCGUUGUAAUCCGGAGAUAUGCAAAUCAGCCGCUGCCAUCAAAUCGAAUAUGCUCCUAUACACACCAUCUUAUCUACAUUGCCAAGAUGAGCUGCUUAGUAAGUGAUUUCCGAUAAUAAACCACAGGGUACUUCAUAGCCGA